ACCCUCUGGUGAGUAGCACCCGCGCACAGAGUCCUGGCCAAUCCCGCUGCCAGAUUGUGCGGGACGUGGAGAGCGGUGGGUCCGGUGCAGAUGUGCUCCGCGACGUUUGAGCUCAGGCUCUGCCGCCCAGACGAAGCUGGGAGGAAACUCGAGCCUGUGACCCUGUCACCCUAGCUGGCGAAACCACGUGGUUCAGGUGACUCGCAGUGCCCCGCCCCCUUGGCUGUGACUCUCUCGCUCGGUGUCCUAGAGGUCCUUAGUGUGGACUGGCCACUUGGGUGGCCCAACCUUGCGUGCCCUGGAGUAGGCAGAGGUGAAGAGGGGCUACGAGUGGCUCCGCCGGCAGCCUUCAGACAUCGGUGACCUUGUGGGCUCCCACGCAGAGGGUCUGGAGACAUGGCCAGAAAGGCUCUCAAGCUUGCUUCAUGGACCAGCGUGGCUCUUGCUGCCUCCGGUGUCUACCUCUACAGUAACAACUACUUGGACCCUAAUGACUUUGGCGCUGUCAGGGUGGGCAGAGCUGUUGCUACGGUUGGUUUUUUUCCUUUGGGGAUAGCAGAGGAUUUACAGCAUUACCUGUAGGUGUUCCAUAGGUGUGGCAGGUGGGCGUGCUCACAUAUAUCGAAAUGCAGGCAUGUCAGCUCUGUCUAUAGUGUGCAUCCUCGCAGACCUUCACUCCUGUGCAUGCAAACUCAGCUACUCUGCAGUUGAACACAGGAUUGUACGAGAUCUCUGCUCUGAAGCUGGUACAUCAAGGCUCCAUGUCUUACUAUAGCGAUGACUCAGAGGGGCAGGCUCCUUGGAAAACAAGGACAGAAGACUCUGUGGAAAGAGGACUUUAGCAGUUCAGUUCUGCCUGCUAUCUCUCAGCUUCCUGUUUGCUAUGAUGUGAAGUCCUUGGGAGGCCUCCUUACCACAGAUUCCCACCACCCUAGUGUUCUUGCAAGAAUGUGGGGCCAAGCGAACUCUGACUGAACACUCUGAAAUCAUGACUCAGAAGGAAUCCUUUUUAGAAAAAAACUUCUGUCAGCAAACUUGAUCUCGCUCUGAAGAACUAAUCUGAGGAGUUCUGGAUUUGGCAUUUAUAUCUGCAUUGUCUGGGGCUGGGAGAACAUUAUCCAUCUCCAAGCAGAGAAUCUGAUUUGAAUAUUUGACUUUAGAUGUUUUCUCUGGUAGCUCAAUAGCAAUAUCAUCUGGUGUUAUCAUGUCUUUUUAGAAAAAAAUUUAGACUUAUAUAUACUAUUUUGUGUCUGUGAAUGUUCUGUCUGCAUGUCUGUCUGUCUGUCUGUAUGCAUGGGUACCAUGUGUAUGCCUGCUGCCUUUGGAGGUCAGAAAAGGAUGUCAGAUACACUGGAACUGGAGUUACAGAUGGUCAUGAGCCACAAGAUGCUGGGAAUGGAACCAGGUUCUCUGCAAGUGCUACAGCUGUCAUCAGCUAUGACUACCUCACCUCCCUGAGGAGUGUCCCAUAUGGCUCUGAGGAGUAUUUGCAGCGUCGAUCCCAGGUGCACCUCCGCUCUGCCAGGCGUCUCUUUGAGCUCUGCUGUGCCAACCGGGGCACUUUCAUCAAGGUGGGCCAGCACCUGGGGGCGCUGGACUACCUGCUGCCAGAAGAGUACACCAGCACACUGAAGGUGUUGCACAGUCAAGCCCCACAGAGCAGCAUGCAAGAGGUCCGGCAGGUCAUCCGAGAAGACCUGGGCAAGGAGAUCCACGAUUUGUUCCUGAGCUUCGAUGACACCCCUCUUGGGGCAGCCUCCCUGGCCCAGGUCCACAAGGCGGUGUUGCAUGAUGGUCGGACAGUGGCAGUUAAGGUCCAGCACCCGAAGGUUCAGGCUCAAAGCUCUAAGGACAUUCUCCUGAUGGAGGUGCUUGUCCUGGCCGUGAAGCAACUUUUCCCAGAUUUUGAAUUCAUGUGGCUGGUGGAUGAAGCGAAGAAGAACCUGCCUCUCGAGUUGGACUUCCUGAAUGAAGGGAGGAACGCUGAGAAAGUGGCCCACAUGCUCAGGCACUUUGACUUCCUAAAGGUUCCCCAGAUCCACUGGGAGCUGUCUACCAAGAGGGUGCUCCUGAUGGAAUUUGUAGAGGGAGGUCAAGUCAACGACAGGGCCUACAUGGAGAAGAACCAGAUCGAUGUGAAUGAGAUCUCCUGCCACCUGGGCAAGAUGUACAGUGAGAUGAUCUUUGUCAAUGGCUUCGUGCACUGUGACCCCCACCCAGGCAACGUACUGGUACGGAAGCGUCCUGACACGGGCAAGGCUGAGAUUGUCCUCUUAGACCAUGGGCUUUACCAGGUGCUCACGGAGGAGUUCCGCCUGGACUACUGCCAUCUGUGGCAGUCUCUGAUCUGGACUGACAUGGACGGGCUGAAACAGUACAGCCAGCGCCUGGGAGCUGCAGACCUCUACCCACUGUUUGCCUGUAUGCUGACAGCCCGGUCCUGGGACUCAGUCAAACAGGGCAUUGGGCAAGCUCCAGUCUCUGCUACUGAGGACUCAGAGAUUCGCAAUAAUGCAGCCUGCUACCUGCCUGAGAUCAGCCAGCUCCUUAACCAUGUGCCUCGCCAGAUGCUGCUCAUCCUGAAGACUAAUGAUCUACUCCGUAGCAUUGAGACCACCCUGGGCACGCGCUCCAGUGCCAGUUCCUUCCUCAACAUGUCUCGGUGUUGUAUCAGGGCGCUGGCUGAACACAAGAAGAGGGAUGCCGGCUCUUUCUUCAGAAGGACUCAGAUAUCUUUCAGUGAGGCCUUUAGCCUGUGGCAGAUCAACCUUCAUGAACUUCUGCUUCGAGUGAGGGCCUUGAGGCUAGCUUGCUGGGUCUCAGCUCUCCUGGGCUGGCUGACUCGGGCUCCACACAGAAUGUGAUGGUCUUUCCCUGCCCCUUCGUAGUGUCUUUCCACACCUCAUUCCUUCCUUCACGCUGGGACGACCCACUGACCCAUGGCUGCCUAGGGUUGGCUGUGGUCCCAGAGUGGUCAUCCAUGGCACCCUCAUGCUCUGCCAUUGGAGCCCCUGCCUUGGGGUGGCCUUGUCUUGAGGUCCUGGAAUGUCCUGGAGAGUGAGAUGGGAUAAAGCAACCUCUCUCCCAUCUCCUGUGUGUGCCAUUGACUUGGUCAUCCCUACUUUUAUGAGGACUGUGAGAAUGGACCAACCACCUGUGUCACAGGGGCGUGUUUAACUUGUAGGGAAUAAGUAGAAACUCAGAACCUGCAGAGAACAGACUUUAUAUUUUUGCUGUAUCACUCCCAAAGUUGUCUCGCCUCAGUGAGGAAGACUGCAUCUGAGAGGGAACGAUGCAACUGUGGGCUCAUGCUGUCAUGGUGACACCUUCAGUGUUAUAUGUAUUGUAUAUAUUGUUUAUUGUAAUAAACCAAUAAACAGUUUCAAGGUUG